CGUUAGCACUACGUGAAACAUCAACACUGAAUGACGCACGUCCUCGCAGUGCUGCUAACGCUGAGCUAAGCCAACGGCCGGCUGUGUGUCGUAGACCGUUGUUUGACAUCUUACCUGCGGUUAAAUUCGUCCUGGACCGCGUAGAAGACCACGCUACAAUUUUCUCGUAUUUGUCUGGGAUGUAUGGAUGGAUAGUUGACGGAAUCUCGUCGCUGUUUGAGCCCGUUACGGGGCAAAACCCCACCGAGUGGCCCGGGAAAGGUAACGUUAGCGAGGAGGUACCCACGCGACCUGGCGUGGAAGAGGGAGCACAGCAGCGGCAGGAGAGCUACGGCAGACCGGCUAAACGGAACUACCAGAGUGUUGAUGUUGCAGACAGUGUUUGCCAGAGUGACCCAGUAGAGGUGAAAAGACGGAGGCGAGAUGUAGUCAUUAGCUUUGUGAAGAAGACGGUGGCCGGGGUAGCAGGUCUGCUCAGGCUGCAGAACCCGCUGACAACCAGACGUGAGAAUCACGGAUAUUAUGAAGAGACUCAGCCUGUUACUCUGAUGGGGAUAGACGAGCUCCAGACCUCGUGUCUGAACAGUACUGAGUGGAGAAUGAGUAAACCAGUUAGUGGAGUGAAUGAGAGGAGUGGGAAGAAUCCCUUUCAGAGCACCUCACCUCCUUUAAUGAGGAAAUACAGCGCGGCAGGGCUGUCUGCAGGGCUGUCUGCAGGGCUCUCCGACAGGGGGAAGGAUAGAGAGAGGAGAGGCUCCCUCCAGCUGCUGCCGUCCAGACCUGCUGUGAGGGUGGGAACCACUACCUCUGAUCCAACCUGCAAUGGCUUUGGAUACAAUCGCUGCUACAAGCCCAGUCUUACCGUGGAAGAGGCCAUAAAGCAGAACAAUAAGGAGCACUACAGGCGCUUGCUGGAGAUGGUAACAGAGAAAUACAGCAAAAGCCAACCACUACCUUUCAACCAAACAAAACCGAAAGAUGAGUCGCUGUCACAGAGUGAUCACAAAAUUGCUGCUUCAGGAAAAGCCUUUGAACCAGUACCCAGGAAGGGAUACACAGCUGCCCCAAGUGUGUUUACAUGGAGAAAUGCAUCUGCGACCAAGGACAGGUGGGGUAGCUUCACUUUUAGUAAAACAUUCAGUGGAGCCUUUGAGGACACGAAGCCUGUGAGAUGUGCAAAGCAGAAACAGGAAGCCGAUUUGGACCUUUCUACAGAAGUAGCGACUCGGCUCAAUCUAGUGGACCGGGAGACUCCUGCUGUCUGUCUCCCUGAGACACAUUCUGCACACACAGCACAUGCAAGGCACAGCGAUGAGGACAUACCCAGGCUGACCAAGGAAAUGGCAGCGGAGGUGAGUUACGCUCUGGCUCAGAGUGAUCCUAACCUUGUUCUCAGUGCGGCUUUCAAGCUACGCAUCACACAGAGAGACCUGGCCACACUGCAGGAAGGCGGCUGGCUCAACGAUGAGGUGAUGAACUUCUACCUGUCCCUCGUCAUGGAGCGGUGCUCUGGUGAAGAAGCAGGAUUAAAAAUCUACUCGUUCAGCACCUUUUUCUUCCCAAAGCUGCGGGGUGGAGGAGGCGGGCAGGCUGGCGGACACGCUGCUGUGAAGCGCUGGACCAAGGCUGUCGACCUUUUCCUUUACGACCUCAUCCUGGUUCCCCUGCACCUGGGCGUCCACUGGGCAAUGGCUGUGAUUGACUUGAAGUCAAAGACGGUGAAGUCAUAUGACUCGAUGGGCCACAGACAUGAUGACAUUUGUGGUCUUUUACUACUCUACCUUAGAGAGGAGCACAAAGCAAAGAAAGGCAGGGAGCUUGAAGGCACCAAAUGGUCUGUUGGAAGCUUGAGGGUCACUGAGAUUCCCCAGCAGAAAAAUGGCAGCGACUGUGGUGUUUUUGCCUGUAAAUACGCUGAUUAUAUCGCAAAAGGAAGGCCUCUCACCUUUAAACAGUGCCACAUGCCUCUCUUCAGGAAAUUAAUGAUUUGGGAAAUCGUCAAUCAGAAGCUGCUAUAGACGGUCUCAACACUUUCAAUUAACGCCUAACAACAUUGACUUUCUGAAUGAGAGCAACGUCUGUGUACAAUAACUACAUGGUGAAGAGAAAGAAAUGAAUGGGCCAAAGAAGUGGACUCGACGGACUAAAACUCUCACCCAGUGUAGCUGUUCUGGUCUAAGGAAAUUAAAACGAUAGUCUUAAAAGGUGAUUGUUUCCCUUUUUCCUGUCGGGGACGUAUUAAAACUUUGUAAUCUCUGAGUUGUAAUUGGAGACAUUAUCGGGAUGGAAGAAGUGUAUGUAUUACACAAGCUUUGGCACUACUGACUGAAUUGCUUUUUUUAAUUUUAUUUUUGACUUUGGAUUGUUGGUUCUACUGUUUUGAAGUUCUGCCUGACGUGCCUUCAGCCCUCUGACACUAAGCUCAACUUACAGAGCAUGCAUUUGUAUAUUUUGGGAAAUUACUUGGUUGCAAACAACUCCAACUUCUGACACAAGAUUUAUUGAAUUAGAUUGUUGCAGGUCAAUGAUAUUUUGGUGUAAUUUGGCUGCUCCUUUCCCGAUUAUAAUCAACCGAGUGAACAGUGACUAAUUACAAUGCUAAUGUCAUGAAACUCAAUCUCUCUGUGAAGAUGGACAAUGAAAAUCAAAAAUACCUCCUUUCAAAUCCCUUUUUCAGACAAAAGAUACAUCGUUGACCGCUUGUAGUAUGUUUGUUUUGCAAUUAUUUAUGGAUUGACUGGAUGAGAAAGUGUUUUGGGAGUGUGUGUAUAGUUUGUUGUCCUCCAUGAGUGGAGCAUUAAUAGUUGUUUCCCUAUAUGUAAUAUAAGGCGCUAUUAGGUCUGUGAAUCCUUUCCUUGAGCAUUGCUACUUAGGGCUAUUACAUUGACUGCCACUUACAGUAUAGUAUACUGCAUAGCAAACUACUGUACACGCAUGCAUGUUUGAGUUCAUGCUUUAAAAAUGUGAUUUUCUUUUUCUCCCUGUAAUAAAGUAUUUCAUUUUUUUUUUUAAUGGAACUAUGAUAUAUUAAAUGACUCACUAAAUUAUCACAUUUACCACUUACUUUUUACAAAUGUAUGCUGUUUUGGUAGUCUGCUACAUCAGG